CGAGCUCCCCCCACCGGAAGUGGGCGGCCGCGCGACGGGAGGAGCCGGCUGUACCGUGGCGGCUGCGGGCUGUGGGCGCCGGGUCCGAGGGGCUCGCGCUUCCCUCUCCGCGCCAUGGCAAAGGCCGCAGACGUGGUGCGGCUGCUCCUGGGCUCCACCGCGCUGUGCUUCUCGCUGCUCGGCGCCCGGACGGCCUCGGCGUCCAAGGCGGUGACGGCCCACUUGGCCGCGAAGUGGCCGGAGACCCCGCUGCUGCUGGAGGCCAGUGAAUUUAUGGCAGAAGAAAGUAAUGAAAAAUUUUGGCAGUUUUUGGAAACUGUACAAGAAUUAGCAAUUUAUAAACGAACAGAAUCAGCUUAUUCUCAUUACAACUUAAUCCUGAAGAAAGCUGGACAAUUCUUAGACAAUUUACAUAUCAAUCUCUUAAAGUUUGCUUUCUCUAUAAGGGCGUACUCACCAACUAUUCAGAUGUUUCAACAGAUUGCAGCUGAUGAGCCCCCGCCAGAUGGCUGUGAUGCAUUUGUGGUUAUCCAUAAAAAACACACCUGUAAAAUUAAUGAACUUAAAAAGCUGCUGAAGAAGGCUACUUCAAGGCCCAGACCUUAUCUGUUUAAAGACGAUCAUAAAUUUCCUACAAACAAAGAGAACUUACCAGUGACUAUACUCUAUGCUGAAAUUGGUACCAGAGCAUUUAGUAAAUUUCACAAAGUAUUGUCUGAUAAAGCUCAAAAUGGGGAAAUUCUGUAUGUUCUUCGGCAUUAUAUUCAGGUAUGGUUUUAUCCAAGAUUAUUUUGUAAUGUUACCAUAGAAAGGUAUUCAGAUCUUAGAGAUAAUCUGACAGCAUUCCAAAAAUACCUGAUUGAGAGUAACAAAGAAAUGACGCCUUUGAAAGUCUGGGAACUACAAGAUCUUAGUUUUCAGGCAGCUUCUCAAAUAAUGUCCACUCCAAUUUAUGAUGCUGUAAAAUUAAUGAAAGACAUUUCACAGAACUUCCCCGUAAAAGCCAGAUCUCUGACCAGAAUUGCUGUAAAUCAACUUAUGAGGGAGGAAAUACAGGAAAAUCAAAAGAUGUACCAAAAAGUGAAGAAUGACAAUAUGCUCACUGUAGACAAUGUGAAGAGUGUUCUCCUAAAUCUAUUUCCAGAUGCUAAUAUUUGGGAUAUUUUGGGAAUUCAUUCUAAAUAUGACAAUGACAGAAAGGAUGAUGUAAUUUCUUCAGUUACUCUCUGGAUUAUUGCUGAUUUUGACAAACCAUCUGGGCGAAAACUACUGUUUAAUGCAUUAAAAUUCAUGAAAACAAGUGUUCAUAGUCGGUUGGGGGUUAUUUAUAAUCCUACUUCAAAAAUAAAUGAAGAGAACACAGCUAUUUCUAGAGGAGUUUUGGCAGCUUUUCUUACACAGAAAAACAGCUUUUUGAGAAACUUUCUCAGGAAACUGGCAAAGGAAGAAACUGCUACGGCUAUUUACUCCGGAGAAAAAAUUAAAACAUUUCUUACUGAGGGGAUGGAUAAGAAUGCUUUUGAGAAAAAAUAUAGCACUGUUGGAGUGAAUAUUUUCCAAACUCAUCAGCUGUUCUGUCAAGAUGUACUUAAGUUGCGUCCUGGAGAGAUAGGUAUUGUCAGCAAUGGGAAAUUCUUAGGACCUUUAGAUGAAAAUUUCUAUACAGAAGAUUUUUACUUCUUGGAAAAAAUAACAUUUACUAAUCUAGUAGAGAAAAUUGAAGGCAUUGUUGAAAAUAUGGAAAUCAGCUCAAAGAACAUGAGCGACCUUGUUAUGAAAGCUGAUGCCCUUCUUUCCUCUUUGCCUAAACGUGCAUCUCGCCAUGAUAUCACAUUUCUUAGAGAGAAUCACAGCAUUAUAACGAUAAACCCUGAAGAGAAUGACAUGUUCUUUGAUGUCAUUGCUAUUGUUGAUCCAUUGACAAGAGAAGCACAGAAAAUGGCUCAGUUAUUGAUUGUACUUGGCAAGAUUAUCAACAUGAAGAUAAAAUUGUUCAUGAACUGUAGGGGUAAGCUUUCAGAAGCCCCUUUAAAGAGCUUUUAUCGUUUUGUUCUGGAACCAGAGCUGGUGUUAGUGGCUAACGGCAUUACUGGACCCGUGGCAACAUUCUUGGAUAUCCCUGAAGCGCCCCUUCUAACCCUCAACAUGAUUACUCCUGAAGGCUGGUUGGUUGAAACAGUGCACAGCAACUGUGACCUUGAUAAUAUUCACCUCAAGGAUAUUGAGAGAAUUGUUACAGCAGAAUAUGAACUAGAAUAUCUACUACUUGAAGGACAUUGCUUUGAUACAAUGACAGAACAGCCUCCUCGGGGCCUGCAGUUUACACUGGGCACAAAAAAUAAACCUGUUGUAGUUGAUACAAUAGUGAUGGCCAAUCUUGGAUAUUUUCAAUUAAAAGCAAACCCAGGUGCUUGGAUACUGAAAUUACGUGAAGGAAAAUCUGAAGAUAUUUAUCAAAUAGUUGGGCAUGAAGGAACUGACUCUCAACCAGACCAGGGAGAUGUCAUUGUUGUGAUAAACAGCUUCAAGAGCAAAAUACUGGAAGUACAAGUGCAAAAAAAGCCAGACAAAAUUAAGGAGGAUAUCCUUACUGAUAAGGAAGAAAAGAAAAAAGGAAUAUGGGAUUCCAUUAAAAGUUUCACAAGAAGUUUGCAUAAAGAAAAAGACGAAAAGGAAGCAGAUGUUCUAAACAUAUUUUCAGUUGCUUCUGGCCAUUUAUAUGAACGCUUUUUAAGAAUUAUGAUGCUUUCUGUUUUACGUAACACCAAAACACCCGUGAAAUUCUGGUUUCUAAAAAAUUAUCUCUCACCAACAUUUAAAGAGGUCAUUCCUCCCAUGGCUGAGGAGUAUGGAUUCCAGUAUGAACUAGUGCAGUAUCGAUGGCCCAGCUGGCUUCAUCAGCAGACUGAAAAACAGAGGAUCAUUUGGGGUUACAAAAUUCUUUUCCUCGAUGUCCUUUUUCCUCUAGCGGUGGACAAAAUCAUUUUUGUUGAUGCUGACCAGAUUGUGAGACAUGACCUAAAAGAACUCCGAGAUUUCGAUCUGGGUGGAGCACCUUAUGGGUAUACUCCAUUUUGUGAUAGCCGCACUGAAAUGGAUGGAUAUCGUUUCUGGAAAAAAGGAUACUGGGCAUCACAUCUUUUAAGAAGGAAAUACCAUAUCAGCGCCUUGUAUGUGGUGGAUCUCAAGAAGUUCAGGAGAAUUGCAGCAGGAGACAGGCUCCGGGGCCAGUACCAAGCUCUCAGUCAAGAUCCAAACAGCCUUUCAAACCUCGAUCAGGAUCUUCCCAAUAAUAUGAUUUACCAAGUCGCCAUUAAGUCUCUUCCUCAAGACUGGUUGUGGUGUGAAACGUGGUGUGAUGAUGACUCCAAGCAGAGAGCCAAAACCAUUGAUCUGUGCAAUAAUCCCAAAACAAAAGAACCCAAGCUAAAAGCUGCUGCGAGGAUUGUCCCAGAAUGGGUGGAGUAUGACACUGAGAUACGACAACUGUUAGAUCAUCUUGAGAACAAGAAGAAAAAUGCAAUUGUGACUCAUGAUGAGCUCUAGCACUGGCUUCUAGGAAAAUAAGAGGAAAGUAUGACAAGAAAUCUGCCACCUGCUGGGGAAGUGUGGAACUACUGCUAAGACUUCUGGAGCUUUCCUUAAAGAUCAGUGACAUAUUCCUCAAUUUAAAUAAUAUUAAUUAUUUAAUAAUACAUGUACUUAAUGUAUUGAAUAAGUUUAAGUUAUAUAAAAAAUGGCCAUCGAGUAUUUAAAACUAGAUUAUUUCUUUUUCUUUAUUGCUUGAAACACUGGGUUAUCACCCAUUAAAGUGAUACUUUGCCAGAUCGCCCAGUAGAAGAACAUAACUGACUAGCUGGUCCUCAUUGGGAUUUAUCAAACCAUCUACGUCUGUGUAUUCCCUUUAUGCGUCCAUAUUUCUUUAAUCGCAAAAUGCACUUAAAAUUAGAGAAA